AUGGGCACAACUCCGUUCCGUUAUCGCCACCCAUCCAUCCAACCCCCCCAACUCAAACUCGUUAUCAGAGGGAAAGCAAGGAGAGGGGGAGAGGGGGGGCACACAAGAGGAGGGGAGGAGGAAAAACUGUGCCCAACCCACCCACCCGAAAUCAACUCACCCUCCUAUAGAUGCACAAAGAUACACACGGACACGGACACGCAAUACACGUAUCUCGUUGUCACCCUCUCGUGUACUUCCAAAAAGGUCGGUCACAACUCAACCAAACGGUCAUCAUUUCUCGCAAACCAGGCAAAACUAUAUUUCCUUCCAAUCCCGGUUGCACUCCUCACCAUCGGGACACGACGUCUUUCUAUCCCCUCUCCUCUCCUCCC